UCUGCGUUGCAACGUAAAAGCACAACAGAACAAACACAAAGCAUUUUCCUAAGCAAUCUUCCAUUGAAGAAGGCGAGAAACGGAGAAAGAUUUCACAAAGCAAACAUGAGUUUUCUAUUUGGAAAGAAGAAAACACCUGCAGAGCUUCUGAGAGAAAAUAAGAGGAUGAUAGACAAGUCAAUUAGAGAAAUAGAAAGGGAAAGACAAGGUCUUCAAGCUCAAGAAAAGAAGCUGAUCGUCGAAAUUAAGAAGAAUGCUAAACAAGGGCAGAUGGGAGCUGUGAAGGUAAUGGCGAAAGACCUUAUACGAACAAGACAUCAAAUUGAAAAGUUUUAUAAACUUAAAUCACAACUGCAGGGUGUGGCCUUAAGAAUCCAGACAUUGAAAUCAACUCAAGCAAUGGGGGAGGCCAUGAAAGGUGUCACACAGGCAAUGGGCCGGAUGAAUAGGCAGAUGAACUUGCCAUCAUUGCAGAAGAUAAUGCAAGAGUUUGAGAGGCAGAAUGAAAAGAUGGAAAUGGUUACUGAGGUGAUGGGGGAUGCUAUUGAUGAUGCUUUGGAAGGAGAUGCAGAAGAAGAAGAAACAGAAGAGCUUGUAAAUCAAGUGCUCGAUGAGAUUGGAAUUGAUAUCAACAAUGAGCUUGUCAAUGCACCCUCAGCUGCUGUCUCUGCACCAGCUGCAAAAAACAAGGUCGCCCAGGCUGAAGCAACUGGGACUCAUGAAGAAAGUGGGAUAGAUGACGAUUUACAAGCAAGAUUAGAUAAUUUGAGAAAGAUGUAAUUUUGGAGAUGAUGGUAAAAGAUAGCUUUUCUUUGGCUAUAUAUCCAACAUUGGUUAUGUAACACUUGUGUUUGAAUUGCAUAGUUGGUAUAUUAUUAGCAAAAGAAUUAGAUUUCUUUUUGUAGAUAGUACGUUUUAAGCUUCUGGUAUAUUUUACAUUUGCAAGGUUUGAUACUAAUGUAAAGACUUUCGUGUAUCCCAAUAAACAUGGAGUGAUGACAGCAUUUUAAUGGAAAUUCUCUCCAA